AAACAGAGCCGAUUAUUUUCUACUGAAAAUGAACAUGCUUUUGUAUUCAGUUUCAAUGUGUUGCUUAUUUGGUUUCAAGUGAAUACAUAAUAAGUAAACUUCUGCGAGUUAAAUUAUAGUUAUUAAAACGUUUGAGCAUAUAAAAAUCGGUAACAUUUAAAGGUGUCUUUCUAAGCCAGUCCUUAAAAAACAAUCUAUAGUUGAACUAUCUGAAAUAUGGACAAUUUGAAAACUUCAACCAGCGUAGAAACUGGCGAAAACUCUUCCAACAAAAGGGAAAGCAAAGUUUUAUUUUCUGAACCGGCGGAAGACUCGGAUUCUUCUCAACACUCAUUGCUGGUGAAAACACCAGCUACAGUUUCUAAAGACGAACCAAAUGCUGCUCUAAUAAAGUUUCCUCCGUCAAACGAGCCAAAAUUUGAGCAGAUCUCUGGAAUUGUCCGGUUCAAACACCAAGACGAGAUACACAGUGGAUCUCCAUACAUAACAGUGAAUGCGAAAGCCACCGACGAAGAUGUUGAAGAUUUAGUCGAACGCAUUCACGAAAAAAAAAUGUGGAAUCUGCCGAAACCUUCCUUGAUCGUUUCAGUAACUGGAGGAGCAUUGGAUUUCAAAAUGAAGAAAAAAUAUCAUGACGGGUUGAGACAAGGUCUUCAGAGAGUAGUUGCCACUGAGGGGGCGUGGCUUAUCAGUGGGGGGACUAACGCGGGCAUCAUGAAAAUAUGCGGGGAAGCAGUACGGGAUACUGUUCUCACUAAUUUAUCAGCUUCUGAUAACAGAAACCGAGUGGUUGCUAUUGGAAUAGCCACAUGGGGCUCAAUUCCUGGCCACGAAGAGUACUUGACACAACAGGGAAAUCCAGAUGAAUUCGGGAACUACGAAGCGCACUAUCCCAAGCCGGUCAAGGGUGUGGGUCUUGAUCCCAACCAUACUCACUUCAUUUUGGUGGACGACGGAUCAGUCGGUGAGUUUGGUAAAGAACAGGUGUUGAGAGGCAAACUUGAGAAAAAAUUGUGCUCUGAGAAACAAAAUGGAGUCAAGAAGAGGAGUGCUACGGAUACAGAAACCCGAGUUCCAAUCGUCUGUGUAAUGGUCGAGGGAGGACCAGGAACUAUUGAUACAGUCAGACAGGCUCUAAAGAACAACACCCCUUGUGUGGUAAUCAAUGGAUCGGGGAGGGCCGCUGAUGUGCUGGCUUAUGCGGUUAAAAUAAAAGAAAAAUACCCCGAAGAUGACCAAAAAGAAAACAUUCGAAGUCUGGUUAGGAAAAAAGCAGAAAGCGACUUGAAUCUGAAAAAUUUGCCUGGAAAACUGGACGAGAGUGUGAACUGGUUAAUUGAAUGUUUGCAAGUGGAUUUUAUCGACAAAAUCAGAAUUUAUGAUUUUGAAGAAGAAGAAGGCGAUUCUACUGGUGACCUUGAUAGGGCAAUCUUGCAAACACUGCUAGAAAUGGGAGGAUUGAGUGCCCGAAAGCAGCUCGAUCUAUCCUUAAAGUGGAACCGAAACGACAUGGUGGAACAAAUUUUGAUGAAUGAACGUGAUAAUAUUAGUGAUAACGAUAUUGAUGAACUUUUGACGAAAACUCUAAUUGAUAAUAAACUAGAGUUUACUAAAAUUUUUGCCGAAAUGAUAAAUUUCAGAGAGUAUCUAACUAUAGAAAAACUCGAAAAAAUCUACAAUGAAACAUUGAAAGUUACGACGGAAUUAUUUUUGCUUCAAAUUUUGGAAAAAGCAGAAGGGAAAACCGCCGUUCCUAAGCCGGACCACACGAGAAAAGCAAUUAUGACGGCUUUCAACAUCGAUUACGUGCCCCAAUUACAGGAGAAAGCAGUGCAGGGCACAGAAUCAAUUUCAGCUCGGUAUAGUAACCCAGAAAUAGAAAUGUUUGUUUAUUCACUUUUGUUCAUUCGACCUGAAGCUAGUGAAUAUUUCUGGGAAAACACGUUAUGCAAGACAUCAGCGGCCUUAUUUGCGAUUCUUGUGUGUAAGACUAUUUUGAACUCAUCAGUUUCUCGACUGGAUAUGAGUUUACAGCUCAAAAUUGAAUCAAUGCUAAAAAACUAUGAGUUCAGAGCUGCCGGGAUACUAAAUUCGUGCUACGAUGUCAAGGUGGACCACUGCCACACUAUUUUGAAGAUAAAACACAAUCGAUGGGGAAACAAAACUUGUCUCGAUUUGGCUAUUCAAGCCGAUUGUAGAGAAUUUAUUUCGCAGAGUGGCUGCCAAACAUUAGCUCAAGAAGAUUGGUAUGGAAAAUUGAGCUAUCGUAAUAGUUUCUGGAAAAUCUUAGGGGUGACUGUGAUGCCUUUGUUAAUGCCUCUCUUGUGGUUCAAAACAGACGAUUCUACCGCUAAAGCAGCUGUUUAUGAAUACCGAAAACGUACCUUAGGACCACCAUCGCAUAAUGAUUCGUGGCAGAACGAAGAAGUCACUGUAUCUGUUGGAAAUUCGUCCGGGAAAAUCAACUCAUUUGACAGAUGCCGACUAUUAUAUACUACACCUAUUGUAACGUUCAUUCUGAAUUUGAUCGCAACCCUUUUGUUCUUGAUCUUGUUCAGCGUUGUCACUCUGAAGGGUCUGAAGCAGGUCCCUAGCACAGAAGAAUGCGUGAUCGUCUUUUGGAUGCUAACUUUAGCACUCGAGGAAAUCCGACAAAUCAUUUUCAUAUACGAAUCUUCCACAAAAAGGCGUUUGGCUGUGUUCUUUGAAAACAGAUGGAAAGCUCUCGAUAUCCUUGCACUGACUUUGUUUGCAUCUGGCUUCGUCAUGCGCGCUAACAGUAGCUGGGGUCUUCUCAAUGUGGCGCACGAAUUCUACGUGGUGACUCUAAUUCUGUAUUUUGUUCGCUUCACGAGUGUGUUUUCUCUGCACAACUAUUUGGGACCUAAAAUAGUGAUGAUCUCCAAAAUGCUCACUGAUCUCGGAUUCUUCUUCUGUAUUGCUCUCGUAUACUUGGUGGCUUAUGGAAUUGCAGUUCAGUCAUUGAUCUACCCUGGUAUCACUCAACCCGCCUUCAGUAUCCCGUGGGGGGUCUUCUUCCGAUCCUACUUUGAGAUGCUGGGGGAGCCCAACUUCGAAGAAAUUGGGGCUACACACUUUGACAACUGCACGGAAGGUUCUGAAGCCGCGUGGCCUUAUGAAUCUUGUCCAGAUGAAACGAACAGCAUCUUUGCCAUAGUACUCAAAGCAAUUUUUAUGUUGUUCACCAAUGUAUUACUGCUCAACUUGCUGAUUGCCAUUUUCAACAACAGAUACAACGAUGUAAACAAAGAGAGCAAUGUGUAUUGGAAAUUCCAGAUGUUUUUAGUAAUCAAAGAGUACUACAACCGCCCUUGGCUCCCACCGCCGUUUAUAAUCAUCUCGCAUCUUUGGACACUAAUUGUCUGCAUGAGAAAAAGGAGCGAGCCGGAGAUGUCCCAGAGCCAACUAACUGAGAGAAUCAAACAUUUGGAAAAAUGGGAAGACAUCAGAGCGAAAGAGUUCGCAUAUCUGACCGAGAAGCGAUUGCGAGAAAGCAUUGAAGAGAAAGUCAAGAAAACAGAGGGACGAUCCGUUGCAAUCGACAAGUCGAUAAAACUAAUGAAAGACCAAUUGGAGUCAAGGCUCGAAGCAACUGAACAA